GAACAAUAUCUCUAUCAUGCAAAGAAUCCAUUUUGCCCAUUCCCCUUUUCUGUCUCACCCACAGCCAUGGAGGAAGAGGGAUCACAUGAGUCCACAACCAGCUCAAAAUGCAUCACAAAAACAAGGAGUUUCAGAGAGUCUGGUGGUGCCAGCAUUCACCCCACAAACAGCAGCAGCUUUAGGUUUGGUUUUCUUAAUGAGAACCAGUACCAGAAUUACCCUCCUCUCCUUCCCCUCCCUCCCACAUUCCUUCCUCUCCAACUUCCUUUCCCUCAGACCCAAUCUUUCACAUCAAAAUCCCAUUUCCAGAAACCUCCUCCAUUGAAGCAGAGCUCUCCAGCCUCUCCUUCUUUUCCCAACUCUUCUGAAUUCUCAUCUGCGUCAGAUUCAAUGGUACCUCAAACAAAUGCUGAGAAGCUGUAUGGAAGGAAGGCCAGACCUGCAACACAACAAGUAUCAAUGAUGAUGGCAAGAAGACCAGAUUCUGGUGGUGUGGAAGGGAAGGUUAUCUCUCUGCUUGCUAAUCAUUUCCUUGUUCGAUUCGACCCUCAGCAACAGAUUUUCCAUUACGAUGUUGAAAUCUCCCCCACUCCAUCCAAGGAAAUUGCUCGAAUGAUCAAACAGAACAUAGUGGAGAACCACUCAUCUGUUGUUUCUGGUUUUAACCCGGUUUAUGAUGGCACAAGAACCAUCUACAGUCCAGUUGAAUUCCAAGAUGACAGGAUUGAUUUAUACGUUAAUCUUCCCAUUGAUAAUGGAAAAUCUAACAAGAUGUUUCGAGUCAACAUCAAAUUAGUAUCUAAGCUUGAUGGAGUGAAGCUCAACAGCUACUUGAACAAGGAAGGGGACAAUGAUGAGUGGAGCCCACUUCCUCGGGAAUAUCUCCAUGCAUUAGAUGUUGUGCUGCGGGAAAGUGCCAAGGAGAAGUGUUUGGAAUCCGGAAAAUCAUUUUACUCAAGUUCAAUGGGAGGGGCUAAGGAGAUAGGAGGCGGGGCCGUGGCAUUGAGGGGAUUCUUUCAGAGUCUUAGGCCAACCAAACAAGGCCUUGCUCUUAAUGUGGAUUUAUCCAUGACAGCUUUCCAUGAGAGUAUUGGAGUGAUCCCUUACUUGGAAAAACGCCUCGAUUUUCUGCACAAUCUUUCUCAAAGGAAGACAAGAAGGCUGAGAAGUCACGAGAGGAAGGAAGUGGAGAAAGCAUUAAAGAACAUUAGGGUGUUUGUUUGCCAUAGAGAAACAAUCCAGAGAUAUCGCGUCUAUAGUUUAACUGAAGACAUUACUGAGGAUCUCUUGUUUUCAGAUAGGGAUGGAACGAGUAUAAGACUAGUGAACUAUUUCAAGGAUCAUUACAACUAUGAUAUACAGUUUAGGAACUUGCCAUGUUUGUUGACUAGUAGGGGUAGACCUUGUUAUCUUCCAAUGGAAUUAUGUGUUGUUUGUGAAGGGCAGAAAUUUCUCGGGAAACUUUCUGAUGAACAGACUGUCCGCAUUCUUAAAAUGGGGUGUGAACGACCAAGAGAACGAAAAACAAUUAUAGAUGGAGUCAUGAGAGGACCCGUUGGACCAACAAGUGGCAAUCAUCAAGCAGAGUUUAAGCUUCAAAUUUCAAAAGAAAUGACUCAACUGUACGGGCGAAUCCUGCACCCACCCAAGCUGAAACUUGGGGAUAGUGGACAGGUCAGACAUCUUGUUCCUUCCCGGAGCGAUAGGCAGUGGAACCUUCAGGAUAGUCAUGUCUUAGAAGGCACUCGAGUUGAGAGAUGGGCACUCAUAAGUUUUGGCGGGACCACAGAUCAGAAGUCCAACAUACCGAAGUUUGUAAAUCAGCUAUCUAACAGGUGUGAGCAAUUAGGCAUCUUCCUUAACAAAACUGCGGUGGUUAACCCACAGUUCGAGCCGUUACACAUGCUCAACAAUGUAAAGCAACUUGAAUCUAAGCUCAAGA